CGAAAUUUUACCAAAAUUUUCCAAGCCCCUUGAUUAAGCAGGGAUUUCUUUAUUGCUCUUUUUAUUGUUGGCCAGGGUUGAAUGUCCUGCGCAACCAGAUCUAAUUCAUAAAACCAACACCUCCAGCAACAAAUUCAUAUUUCCAACACGGGUCGGAUUUGCGUCCACCCCACCACCCACAGCAACAACUCAACACAGAUGAGAAUUUCAAGCACUUAAACACAGCAUUAUCUGGAGUGAUUCAGUAAUCUCUUGAGAUCUUUCCAAGGCUUUUCUCAAGAUGGCAACGCACACCGCCAUGACGCAGGGCAAUGACCCUAACCUUCGUGCUUCACUUGAGUGCAAAGUCGGCAUUCUGCACUUCGUUUCACCCAAGGAGCAUGGCUGGAAUGGAGUUCUUCGAAAAAGAUUCACUGAUUUCCAGGUUCAUGAGAUCAAUGAAGACGGAGAGGUCGUCCACCUGAAAGACUAUUUCACCAGCAUCAGAGACUACGAGAGAGCUACGGCCAAAAAAGAAGAACUCUCGUCAGAACAGUCGGCACAAGCACAGGCACAAGCACAGAGUAAUGCGAGUGAACCUGGUGCCACUACAGCCACUCCUGCCAAUGCAGGACCGAUUACUGAGGACAGGAUUCAACAACUCGAAAUUGCGCAGAGCUCAGCAACCCAAUUCACUGCAAAGUCUACUACUGAGUCAAAUGCGGGCAAUAAGCAGCAAUCUACAGAUGGCGUCGCAGAAUCUGAUCAGGCAAAACUUACGGAGUUGUUGGGCGAGGAAGCGACCGCAGAGUUGAUGGAUUUUUACAAAAAGAUCCUUGCUGACCCUAAAGCACGACCGCAAAGCCACGGGUUUGUCAAAUUUCCUCGAAUUGCCGACAAAUCUGCACGUACUGCUACUCAUUCGGAAAUUCGCCGUAUCUUCGCCUCUAAAAUCGAGACGGAAACUAACUCUGAUGGCAUCAUCCAGGCAAAAGCUCAACCUGCUCGUGGCAAUUCAAGAUGGGGUAGCCGCUCGGAUAACCGCAACCGCGGCAAUCAGUCCAGCCAGGUUCAGAUUGGCAAGUUUCUGCAUUUUUCUCUUUACAAAGAAAAUAAGGACACCAUGGAGGCCAUCAACAUCUUGGCUGGCGCCUUGAACAUGAGACCCAACUUCUUCAGCACCGCUGGUACCAAGGAUCGUCGCGCAGUAACUGUACAACGUGUGAGCAUCCGUGGUCGUGACCCAAAAAAGGUUCUGAGUGCCAAUGCCAAACUUCGCGGCAUAGCUAUCGGCGAUUUCAAGUUCUCUGAAAAGGAUCUGUACCUCGGCAGCCAUAAUGGGAAUGAGUUCACGAUAGUUUUGAAAGACUGUAACUUCCAGGGUUUCGAAAGUGAACCUUUCGAACGACAACUUGAGAUCGCCCAAUCAACGCUUGACCGCGCUAUUGCCGAUAUUACCAAGAAAGGCUUUAUCAACUACUUUGGCACACAGCGAUUUGGUACCUACGAGAUUGGAACGCAAGUUUUAGGAAUGAAGAUUCUGCAGGGUGACUUCAAAGGCGUCAUUGAGGAUAUUCUUUCCUUCGACCCAGGCUUGGCCGCCACCGACCCAAAAACAUUGCAAGACGACAACAACAACAACAACCGUCUCAUUGAUACGUACAGAGCCAUGGCGCUGGCCAAGUACAAGGAUGGCGAUGACGUAGAGGCAGCAAUCAAGGGGCUUCCAAAGCGAUGUAAUACUGAAUCCACUAUUCUCAGGCACCUCAGUAAAUCGCCUAACGACUAUCACGGUGCCAUUCUGGCCAUUACCCGAAACAUGAGAAACAUGUAUAUACAUGCCUAUCAGUCGCUGGUGUGGAACUUUGUUGCGAGCAAGCGCUGGGAACUUUUUGGUGCCUCAGUCGUGGAAGGCGAUCUGGUCUAUGAUGAGGCAGAUGGAGCAACCAAGACCGGAACGACUGGCCAAAACGCUGAUGAUGACGACGAAGAGAACAUUCAUCUCACGGUGAUGGAUUCCACCAGAGAAGGUUCCAAACAGCCUGUACGUGCAUUGACCACGGAAGAUAUCGCAAGCGGUCGUUAUUCUAUCAACGAUGUCGUGCUAUCUAUUCCUGGAACUAACGUUGUUUAUCCUGACAACAAAAUUGGCGAGUUUUACAAGGAGUUCAUGGGCAAAGAGGAAAACGGUGCCCUUGAUCCUUACAACAUGCAGCGCUCUCAGAAGGCAUUCAGUUUGACUGGUGAUUAUCGAAAGUUCAUGGGUAGCUUUGUUGGUACUCCAUCGGGCAGUGUCCGCUCUUACACACAUGACAAUGAUCAAUUGAUCCCUACGGAUAUGGACUUGAUAAAAGCACGACAGACCAAAGCCCGCGCAGAGGCUGCCGCUGCCGCCCAUGCUCAGGGACCAGCAACAUCUGGAUGGAACUCUUUUGCAAAGAAUGUCCAGACCGACGAGCGCACGGAAGCAAGCGAGAAGUUUGCUGUUGCCCAGCGACGAAAGGCCGAAGAAGUCGAUGACGGUCCUUCUGACGUACGCGUAAAAGACACCUGGAUCCAGACAUCAACGGAUGGAAGCAACAAGCGAAUCAAGGUUGAUUCUACUUCAACCGAGGUUGGUCACGAAAACAACGGAUGCCAGGAGGCCGAUAGUAUGGAGGUCGAUAAGAAGCCGAUUGUAUCACAAGAAGCCGCUCCACUGCCCGCAGAAAAUACUGAACUGUCGAAGCACGAUGGAGCCAACGGCACCUCGGCGCCGGAGCCAUCUUCCAAAUCCCCGCAAUCUGAAUCGGGCGCUAAGACUAUACUGCCCGAAACAACUAGUGAGUCUGCUAACGAACAGAACCCUAAAGCUGGACCAUCGCCGUCCGUUGACACACCCAUGGCCGACCCCUCCCUGGACUCUCAGGUAGAUGCCCCUCUCAGCCCAGAUACUGCAAAGGAGUCGAUGCAACAAGGCCACACAGUACCACCGACUGAAGGACAGAAGAUCGCGAUCGUUCUCAAGUUUUCACUAGGCUCGAGCGCAUAUGCUACCAUGGUGCUUCGUGAGCUUCAGGGUUAGAAGCCGCCAAGCACUGAAGUGUCUAUUGAGUCCACCCGUGCCGUGUCAACUUUGGACCGAGGUAGCGUUUAAAGCGGAUGGGGAGCGAUGGCGAAGCUUUGAUGACCUGCUACAAAGGAGAUCGCUGCGAGUUGGCUUUCGAUCAAUCUACAAACCAAUCACUGCACUCUUUGGGUGGUGGUCCAACGGUUUCACGGUAUCUAUGAUUUGCUACGUGGAAUUGCCAGCUUCAGUAUUAUUACUAGGGAUAGUGUUAUAAAGGAAACAUACCACGUGGAAUCCCCUCCAAAGUUGCAAAUGGUUGAGUGACGAGGGCAAAAAGAAAUAAGGAAUGUCGUCUACUUUGCAGUUGUUGCAUCCUGGUAUUACGUAUGAGCACAAGUAGAUAUCCUAGUUGCCCAAGUGCAAUGAAGAUUUGUUUUGCUUUGAUU